CGUUAAGUGUCGUUUACACUUGUGAAUAUGGUUCACCGCACAUGGGCAACUUCGUUACAAUUUUUGAAUGUUGCUGAUAGAUUUUAAAUAGUCACAGGCCAAACAACCAGCUGUAUUCCAAUGGAUAGUGUCUCUGUGUAGUUUCCUAUAUACCUCCAUGUCGCACAAACAGAGUUGCACCAAAUAUUCACAAAAAUUACUGCAAGUAAUCGAACAGUUUGAGAGGAGCCUAACGAGCAUUAUUUUUAACAUGAACGUCAUAACAUCAGCUGAUUAAUUGACAUCAGAGCCCUAACCUUAAAUCAAACAACAAUAUAUUCAAAUACGAUAUACGACGAAAUUUUUAAUUUUAAAAAUGAGUUAUAACCAGUGGAAGCUUUUAAAUAACCUUAGAGACACUAUAACAAAAAUUACAUCGGAUAAGACAGUAGUUCAAAACUUCACUCGAGAGUUCUUAGACUUAAUUCAAAAAGGACCACCGUCGUUGUACAGAAACCAAGUUGUGAAAUAUUUUGAGAACAUAGGAGUGCUGAAAAAUAUUGCGUUGGAAGAAAGAGAGGAAGAAAAAAGAUUGCCAGCAGUUAAAAGUGAGGAAAAAAUUAAGGUUAUUCCAAAGGAACCCUCAAGCAUAUCAAAACCUUGGAAGAAGAAUGCUGGGGUAUCUGAGACGUGUAUAUCCAGUAGAACAGACCAAAUUUUACAUUCAAUAGAAAUAGCAGUUUCUGAUGAUUUAGCUUUGAGUUUAACAGAACAGUUAUUGAGUCAUAUUAGGAAAUAUCCUGAAGUAAGAAGCAAAGCAGUUAAGGUAGGAGCUAUAAGGCUCUUUCUGAAACUUCGCUCAAAUACAAAAAACAUAGCACUAUUAGAAGCAAUAAGAGAAGCCUUAGCAAUAUUAGGUUAUUCUGACCCUGUACCUAAGAGUGGGAUCAGAAUUCUUUCAUUAGAUGGGGGAGGAAUCCGAGGUCUACUUGUAUUAGAAAUGCUGAUGAAGUUAGAAGAACUUACUGGUGAAAGAAUUCAUCGUCUAUUUGACUUUGUAUGUGGUGUUAGUACUGGAGCUCUUCUAUCUUAUGCUAUAGCCUUCCAUCGGAGGCCUUUAGAUGAAGUAGCUUUCAUUUAUGAAACACUUAGUAGAGAAGUUUUUAAGCAGUCAUCAUGGAGAGGUACUGGUAGUUUGGUUUGGAGCCAUUCAUAUUAUGAUACAACAUUGUGGGAAAAGAAGUUAAAAGAAUACUUAGGAACAAUCACACUUAGUCAGACAGCUAGAGAUCCACAUUGUCCAAAGAUUUGUAGUGUGUCAGCAGUGGUAAAUCAAGCUAGACUAAGGGCGUAUCUAUUCCGAAAUUAUUCCAUACCGUGGAAGUUCCAAUCUCAAUAUCAGGGAUGUUGUGAUUGUGAAGUAUGGCAAGCAGCUAGAGCUUCAGCGGCGGCUCCAACAUAUUUUGAGGAGUUCAAGCUUGGAAACCUUUUACACCAGGAUGGAGGAAUUCUAGUUAACAAUCCAACAGCAAUAGCAGUCCAUGAAGCAAAGCUGCUUUGGCCAGACACUCCUAUUCAGUGCGUAGUAUCUUUUGGAACUGGCAGAAGUGUAUCGUCUCCUAUCGAACCAAUACAAGUGCCAGAAGGAGAGGCAGUGGCUGCAUCAACAACAACUUCAUGGGCGAAUAAGUUUUUCACUAUUUUAGAUAGUGCAACAGAUACUGAAGGUGUCCAUAUAAUCCUCAACGAUCUCUUGCCAGGAAACGUAUACUACCGUUUCAACCCUUACCUAACUGAGGUGAUAAGCAUGGUCGAGACCGAUCCUAAAAAGAUAGAGCAACUACGCCGAGACGCGAUCAUGUAUUUACGUAGAAACGAAGAUAAAUUUCAGGAGGUGGCUAAAGUUUUGAUGCAAAACAAGAGUCUACUGCGACGAACUACCGAUUAUAUCAAAGUACAAAGGGUUAAAUAUGGACUCUAAUCAUUAUUCACUGUGAUAAUAUGUAGUGAAGAUUAGGAUAGUAGAUAUUUGCUCACACGUCAUACCAUACGAGCUUAGAGUUUGGGUUUUUAAAAUGCUUCGUAGAACUUUGAAAAGUAUCGAAAUUAUAGGGCAAAUAUCAUUUUCUUUUCAUAUUUUUUUGCUCCCGAAAGUCAGCAGAGAUGUUAAAUUUCAGUAGCACUGUAAAAUACUGUCUAGCUUUGCAUAGUUAGUAAUGUGACUUUAGUGGAAAUACAGAAUUGUAAAUUUGUGUAUAUAUUCACUUAAUUCAUUUUUACCCCUACACUGGACCACUUCUAACUGUUGCACUACUACUAGCAGUGUUUGCACUUUCAGGGGCCAAAGAAUACCAAAGAUUUCUUGUGUUAGUGAAUAUUGGCAUUGGAGAUAAAAUAUAAAUAAACAGGAAAAAAUAUGCAGAUAUAUUGGCAGUUACGUUUUGUCAUUACCGAUAUUAGUAUAAUAACGAAGCAUUUUUCGCACAUCACAUAAGCCUUUGGCAAUAUUCCAGAUUUUGAAUAUAUACUCAGUGACAUUAGAAGUGUUGCAUCUAGAAAAAAAUAAUUUCUUCAACUUGGUUUUUUGGCAAUAAGGUAGUCUUACAUCAAGAUUAAAACGAUAACAUUCUUACGACAUUUUAUUGACAAUAAGAAAAAAAUAAUGUGUUUGGCGACCCCACAGCUGAAUACACUCUUGUAUACGUCUAGGCAUCGACAAAAUGACAUGAUUGAUAUCUGGUUGUGGCACCUCAUUCCAAGCAACUCGAACUCAUGGACUAGAUGUGUCGGAUCACGUACAGUGGAUAGUCUCCUCCCCAUCAUAUCCCACACAUGUUCGAUGGGAUUUAAAUCCGGUGAACGGGGUGGCCACAGAAGAACAUUAAUGCCUGCUUCAAGUCCGUAGUACCACGAGCAAUAUGGGGACGUGCGUUGUCUGCUGAACAAGGACCUGUGGACGUCCCUCUGGAUACGGUAGUAAAGUGGUUUGUAGGACAUCAUCAACAUAACGCGCACCAGUCAUAUUGCCUUUAACAAAGAGAAACGGUGAUCGGCUGCCAUAGGCAAUAGCCCUCCCAAACCAUCACUGUGUGCAUGCCUCUGAACAGGUAAUCCAAUAUCACGCCGGUCUCCACGGCUGCGUCUUACCCUUCUACGACCAUCGUGCGUACCUUGAUAGAAUCGCGAUUCGUCGCUGAAGAUGACAUUAUGCCAUUCAGCCUCCCAAUGUUACCGUUCUCUGCUCCAGUUCAAACGUAUUUUUUCUGGAUGUAACACUUCUAAUGUGACUGGGUAUAUUCAUCAACAGAAUUGGAACCACUUUGUUUCAAUAUAUUUAAUUUAGAUAUUUUUGAAUUUACGGGGCUACCUCCAUCUGAACUAUGUAGUUUAGAAAACUUUAGGAUGCUAGGACAUAAAAAAUCUAAAAAUCUAGACAGCAUUGAUGCAGUGUUUGGAAAAAUGUCACUCAGUGACACACCGAAAAAAACCACUCGAUGGUGAUUUUUGAUGCAAUGUUAUUUUUUUUAGAUUUAUGAAAUGUUGCAUAUCUCACUUUAUUUCCUCAAAGCGACAUGAAAAGAUUGAAUAAAUUGGUUACUUCAAAUAUUUAUUGUUAUUCCUUUUUUAGAUGUGUUACGGCCAAUAAAUUAAUACUUUGAUAUUGCUACUAAUACCUGAUAUGAAACUGUAGAUAAUUCUCUGUAAAUAAUUUAGAUAUCUGUGUAUAUUAUUGAUUAAUUAAUUUAUUGUGGUUAUGUAUAAGAAUAUUUAUAGUAUUUAUACCACCCACAACUUUGUACUUUGACAUAUUGAAAGAUGGUUAUAAAUAAAUGUAAACUGAAUUGAUAUAUCGGAAUAAUAAAGCAUAAAUAGAAUAAAUA